CUUCCUGAACUGUCCAAAAAGGAGCCUUCUACUAAGGCUGUUACAGACAACUUUAGAGAUAAAGAUGAUGAUUUUCAGAAGUCAACCUCAAACUCCGAGUCACGAUUGGUUGAAGGCGUAUAUUCUGAUAGAAAUAAAGCACCGUCGCUGCAGGAUAGGGAGAAGGCAAGCUCAGAGAAGGUGGACGUUGAAGGCGGUUCGUCAAGUAGCGUCGCCGACAACAUUAGGAGGGGGAAUCCGUCUGGGGCCGCUUAG